UUGUAUUCAUUCUUCUAUCAUGAAUACAUCAUUUUUUGGAAAAGUAGAUAGAUACAUGCAUGCAAGAAAGAUAGCAGAGCAAAUAAAAUUAUUAAAAUGUGAUCAUCGUGUGAACUCUGGUGUCGCAGCUCUCCACUCCAUACUGUUUGUCAGACAGACAGCAUCCCUUUUAAUUAGAGAUAACCGAUGUCGGCAAAGUUACGGAUUUCUUCUUCGCCUUUCGUUAUCGUGUACACCCAUGUGAGUGUGGGGGUAUUCACGAGUCUGAAGCCCUUUUUCCUAUCUCGCCUGAGCCUGGGGUGUUCAACUCUUCAGUGGCCGGAUGAAACAUUGUGGAUCCCUGGCCGUAUUUCCCAGGUUUAAAGGUAGGAAAAAUUUAUUUCUGUGUUCUUCCUUUUUUUACUAUUUGGUGGUGGCUGUGGCGUUGAUUAUAAAUCGUUCCUGGGCUAUGCGGUUAACUGCAUGAAACUAUUUUCUCUUGCUGUUUUUGGGGUUUUCUCAGUCAGGGUUCAUUAAAAAUCUCAUUUUUGUUAGACGACUAGAGAUUAGGCACGGUUUUGUGCAACUUUUUCUGUGGGUAAACAUAAAUCAAAUAAAGACCAAGGGGCACUUGGUACGACCCACCUCAAAUUCCAGUCGAAUGUCCUAGUCAAAUGGUGAAAUACCAGAGAAAAAUUGCUGAAGUCAUCGGUGAUCGGUCCUCUACAUCCUUCGACACAUGUGUUUGAACAUCGAAGGUAGGCCUAAAUAAUGACGGCGGUCAAAUGUGAAUUGCUUCGAACGUCGGGUCAUUAAACAAAAAAUAAAGAAUGAACAAUUGAUAAUGUGACUUUGUCCAACCAGCGAAAUGUGACUGGUGAUAUUGACGCUCUACCAUAUACCAUGCAUAUACUACCUGACAAGAGUUAAUAUUUGCCAACGUUCAAGUGCUCAUUAUAUUGACUUAUCCCCCCCCCCCUUUGUUGAACAUCUAAGGAUCGGAUUGGCUCCACACAAACAGAAAUCACUUGAAACGCGCGUGUCGGCUCAUGUUGACUACAUAAAUCGUUUGGAUGUUGAUAAGGAAACGAUACGGUAAAUGAACCAACCACUUAGUGAAUAACAAUAAUAAUUUUUUCCUUAUUCAUCUGAGCACACUACCGGUCUAGCUUAAGCGUCAAUCAUGUAUCGGUUAUCGAGCAUAGCUUCACUGAAUAUAAAAGCCCGACCGUAUUUCUAUGGGAUAUCAGUUCUCUCUUCAUUUGACUCCAGUUGGUGCCUAGAGAUCCUCGUUCAACCCGGUAACUUGCAGCCAAGUGCAAAAUCCACAAAGUUUUUAUUGAAAAGCACUCAAAAUGAAGUUGACCCUGAUCUUCCUGUCCAUUUUUGUGGCCAUUUCUCAUCAGCAAUAUUUCCAUCCGCGGAUGAUGUUCGGGUUCCCUUGGAUGUCGCCGUUUGCUCAUCAGCAACCCAUGGCCGUGAACGAUUACAAUGAGGAGGUAUACCCUGGGUUGAUGGGAUUGAGCAGUCGCAAUGACAUUGAUCAAGAUGACGAAUUUAACGAUAUCCAAUCAAGAAUCAAGGGCUUCAGCAGCAACUUUAACGGCUUGAGCCGCUACCGACCCGGUUCCUCUCUCAAUGACCAACAGAGCGCGCGAUUUUUUUUCAACUGGGCCAACACGGGCAACAACGCUAACAACAACAACAACAACUUCAACAACUACAAUCCGUUUUUCAAAACGGCGACGUUCACUCUCACUUCGACACUGACCUUGGCUUCCAUCCAGACGUGUGUCCCAUCAUUACAAGUGUCAGCUGCGCCAGUUGCUUGUCGUCGUAAGAGAAGUGAAAUCGAAGAUAUUACCGCAGAGCAAUAUCCAAUCAAUCCGUCGGAAACACUAAGAUUGAUGCCCACGGCUCUUUCGUCACCACAGGAUCGCAGCGUUAAUGCACUUUUGUCUUCUAGAGAUGACGUCUCUGACGAAUUGUCGACGGCAGAUCAUUUAAGAGAGAAACGAUUCUUCUACGCCAACAAAAACCUAUUUCUAGUCUCUACAACUAUAACCUCAUACGCAUUUGUUAACACAACUGUCACGGUAACUGUUAAUCUAAUCAAUCCACCACCAGCUGUUCAGUGUUCAGCUGUAGCUGCGGCUGUUGUGCCACAGUGUGUUGCAUGUUUGCCGGCAGGCUUCAUCGUGUGCCCUGCUCCAGCUGCGGUUUAAGUAUUUAAAAAUAUUCAUAAAGAUUGAACUUAAAUUAUUCAAGUUUACUGGGCGAAGUGAAGUAUCACAAUGUAGUAUGCUUACACAUCCAGAAACAACAAUGAAAUAUUUAUUUAGAUACCUUGUUAUUGUUUGAUUAAUUUCUACAGGAUCAUAUAACUAUCCUUAUUUCGUCUUAUUUAGAUAUGUGCUACUUGUAUACAAUUUCGUUUACAAGUAUACUGCAAAUAAACUGCAAGAAACUUCACUUUUUUUAGUUGGAACUAUAGGGAGAAAGUCGUAUGCUGUGGGACAUGCAAGAUUCCCACAUAUGAUACUAAACAUUUUACUAACUAUACAUUUUCAAAUCCGUUAGGUGGUAUCAAAUAAUGUGACUAGCAAAUACGGAACGCUACCGCACGUAGCG